ACAUCUCUCAAAGUCCAGUCAGCUGCAAUGGCGCAUCCACUUCCAAGAAUCUUUUUGCGACAAUUCUACCAACAAUCCUCUCCCUCUGCAAGAGCUUCAAACUUAUUUCCUCGAAGAUUCCAAGUCAAUUCAGCACCUCGACGAAGUUACGCGACUGGUGAAAGUGGGCCUAACCCACGACCUGGCCAAAAUCCCUUCAAGAUCUGGCCCUUUGUUGCCAUUACUGUUGCAGGAUCCGGAGCUUACAUUUUGAUGGUCAGAAGUCGAACUGACAUGGCGCCCACGAACGAGCGAGUCGCUGCGCCGAAGAAAGACACUCCAACCUUCUCACCUUCCAACGUCACCGUCCUCUUCGUCCUCGGCGGCCCCGGAGCAGGCAAAGGCACACAAUGCGCCAAUCUCGUCCGGGACUACAAGUUCACGCAUCUCUCUGCCGGCGACCUUCUGCGAGCUGAGCAAGACAGGAAGGGUUCCGAAUUCGGGGACCUGAUUAAGAGCUAUAUUAAGGAUGGCAAGAUUGUGCCCAUGGAAGUCACUGUCCAAUUACUUGAAAACGCCAUGACGGAAGUGGUGGAGAAGGACAAAGACCAUAAAGGAAAGUUUUUGAUCGACGGGUUUCCAAGGAAGAUGGACCAGGCGCUGAAGUUUGAGGAGACGGUGUGCCCGAGCAAGUUUGUGCUGUUCUUUGAUUGUCCGGAGGAGGAGAUGCAGAACCGGUUGCUGAAGAGAGGGGAGACGAGUGGGAGGUCCGAUGACAAUGCGGAGAGUAUCAAGAAGCGGUUUAAGACUUUCGUAGAGACUAGCAUGCCGGUCGUCGAUUACUUCAGGCAGGAGGGGCGAGUCGUCAAGGUUGCUGCUACGAACACGCCUGACGAGGUGUAUAAAGAGACGAGGGAGAAGCUUGAGCAGAGGUUGGGAAGGAAUUUUUAGAUUUGGUAAUAUUAGAGGUAUAAGAUCGGGA